AUGGCAAAACAAAGGUUAACAGCACUCGACAUACGUGCCAUUGUUACAUUAUGCAAAAAGAAUAUUGUGGGAUGUAUUGUAACUAAUAUAUACAAUAUAUCUAAUAAGAUAUAUGUGAUAAAAUGUUCAAAGAAGGAACAGAAACUUUUUUUCUUAGUUGAAGCAGAAAAGAGAAUACAUAUAACGGAAUGGAAAAGAGAAAAGGAUGUGAUGCCUUCAUCAUUUACUAUGAAAUUAAGAAAACAUUUACGUUCACGUAAAAUUUCGAAUAUAAAACAAUUAGGAGCUGAUAGAGUUAUUGAUAUACAAUUUGGAUAUGAUGAAAAGGCUAGUCAUUUAAUUGUAGAAUUAUAUAUUGCAGGAAAUAUAAUAUUAACUGAUGAGAAUUAUAAGAUCCUUAGUAUUUUAAAGAGUAAUGAUACUAUAAUGGGAAGAAAAUAUAUUGUGAAUGAUAUAUAUAAUGUAGAAGAGCACAUGUCUGUUUUAUUGUAUAAGAAUUUGAAAGGACCAGAUGAUAAGGAAUAUUUAAAAAAAUGUAUAAUAGAAAUAUUGUUAUAUUAUAAUAAUAUUAAUAUGGAUAAUUUAAUUUUGAAAGAUGGUGAUGAACUAAAUAAUAAAGUAAAUAACGUUAAUAAUAUUAACCAGAAUGUUACAAUAAAUAAUGGGGAUAUAGAAUAUAAUAAAAUGGGUUUGAAAAAUGAUGAUACUGAACAAAAGAUGAAUGGCAAUAAUAAUGAUAGUAAUACGCCUGGCACAAAUGGGCAAGAGAAAUUUAAAAAUGAAAAGGAUAAAAAUGAUAAAAAUGAAAAAAGUGGUAAAAGUGAUAAAAAUAAUAAAGACAAUAAAAAUAAUGAAAAUAAUAAAAAUAAUAAAAAUAACAAAAAUAAUAAAAAUAAUAAAAAUAAUAACAAUAUGAACAAUAAAAACAGUGAUGAUAUUAAUAAUGUAAAGAAUGGGCAUAAGAAUGAUAAUAAAGUUGAUAAUCCUAAUUGUAGUGAUAAUGAAAAAACGAAGAAGGUAAAAAAAUUAAAAACCCUAUGUGAUUUAGCUUGUAAAUUAAUAUUAUUCGCACACAACGAUUUAAUAAUACAUUCCUUUUUGGAAUGUCAGAUAAAUCCUUUAGAUUUAUUAGAAAAUUAUGAUAUAAAUAAAUUAUGUGAAAUAUUUUGCCCUGUAAUAAAAGAAUGUUUAUCAGUAUUAAAUAAGUUAAGUGAUGAAGCAUUUAUGAUAAAAGGAUAUGGUUUUUAUAAUUUAGAAAAUGACAAGAAUAAAAAUAAAAAUAUUAAAACAUGUAAUACGAAUAAAAAGGAUAUAGAUAAAGAUACAAAUAAUGAUGAUGAUGAUAAGAAAGAAUUAAGAAAUAAUAACAGUAUCGAAAAAAAAGAAGAAUAUAAUUUUUCUGAAUUCUCUCCCAUUAUUCUGAAGAAUCAUGAAAUGAAAAUAAAUGAGAACAAAAUAAAAUACAUUUCAUUUGAUGAUUAUAAUUUAUGUGUAGAUACAUAUUUCAGCAAAAUGGAAUUAUCAAAAUAUGAUAAGCAGCAAGAAAUUACUAAGAGUAAAAAUGCAAUAACAAAAGUGGAUAAGAUAAAAUUAGAUCAUGAAAGGAGAAUAGACCAAUUAGAGAAAGAAGUAUUAUUAUUAAAAAAGAAAAUAACCUUAAUACAAUUAAAUGAUGUAUUAAUCGAAGAAGGAAUUAAAUUAAUGCGUUCAGCACUUUCGACAAGUGCAAACUGGGAAAAAAUAUGGGAGCAUAUAAAAAUAUUUAAGAAGCAAGAACAUCCAAUUGCAGUACGUAUAAAGUCAGUAAAUUUUAAGAAUUGUGAAAUGGAUUACUUAUUGAGUGACUGUGAUGAUAAGAUGAAUAAUAAAAUGGAUGAUGAUGAUGAUGAUGAUGAUGAACAUGAAGAAAAUGAUGAUGAAAAUGAAGAUGAUAUAUAUAAUGAUAAUAAAAAAUCAUGUGGUACUAAUAAAAUGUUUGCUGUUACCAUUAAUUUAAAUAACUCUGUGUAUGGAAAUAUUGAAGAUUAUCAGAGAUUAAGAAAAAAGGCAGAAGAAAAAAUUAGAAAGACAAAAAUGGCUACCGAUUUUGCUGUUAAAAAAGUUGAGAAGAAAAAAAAGAACAAAGAUAAUAAUAAUAAUAAUAAACAAAAAGGAAAAGUAAAAUCAAGUGUUGGUCAAAUUCAAAAGUUAAGAAAAGUGUACUGGUUUGAAAAAUUUCAUUGGUUUAUAUCCUCUGAAAAUUAUUUAGUGAUAGCUGGAAGAGAUGCAUUACAAAAUGAAAUAUUAUUUAGAAGAUAUUUUCAAAAAAAUGAUAUUUAUGUGCAUGCAGAUAUACAUGGUGCAGCAUCUUGUAUUAUUAAAAACCCUUAUAAGGAUACACCUAUUCCUGACAAGACCCUUUCUGAAGCUGGCCAGCUAGCCAUUUGUAGAAGUUCUGCUUGGAACAACAAAAUAAUUACUUCUGCCUGGUGGGUAUAUUACAACCAGGUGAGUAAGUCUGCUCCUAGUGGGGAAUAUUUAAAAACGGGUUCUUUUGUAAUAAGAGGAAAGAAAAAUUAUUUGCCUCAUGUAAAGUUAGAAAUGGGAUUUUGUGUUCUUUUUCAAAUUGAGAAGGAUGAAGAGUUGAAUGUGGAAGACGUUCCUUUGGAGGAGAAUAAUAUGGAUCUUGAUGAAACAAGAAAGGAGAAUGGCAAAAAUGAUGAAAUGGCAAAUAAUAAGAUGGAAAAUAAUAAGAUGGAAAAUAAUAAAAGGGAAAAUAUUAAAUUAGAAAAUAAUAAGAUGGAAAGUGAAAUAGAUAACAAUAAUAUGAAUCAUUUAAAUAAUAUUUCUGUUCCAUAUAUUAAUGAAGAGGAUGUUGAAAUUACUUCAGAUAAUAUAAAUGAAAACGAUUCUGCAAAAUGUGUGAUACAAAAAAAUUUUAGUAACAUUAAUAUGAUGGAAGAAAAUAAUAUGUUGAAUUUUUGUGUUUUAAGAGGAAUCAAGGAGAAUAAAAAUUAUAAUAGCAGACGUAUAUGUGUAAAAUUAUUGUAUGAUAUAUUAAGUGAUGAUAUAUUUAAGAAAAAUGUUUACAAUAAAUUUGCCUUUGCAUGGUAUAAGAUAAAAUCAAAGAGUUCUAUGAUAAAAGGAAAGAAAAAUAGAAAGGGAUUUAAUAAAUAUAUAUAUUACUUUAUAAGAAAUAAGAAGGAUAUAUAUAAUAUGAUAUAUAUUUUAUAUCCUGUAGUGAUAUAUAAUAUAUUAAGAAGAAUGAAUAAUUCUAAGAAUAUAUAUAAAAAGAAAUGUGUGGAUUAUAUAUAUGUUAAAAAAUUUUAUCAUACGUUUUGUAAAAUAAUAAAAUAUUUUUUCCACAUUUAUAAUAUAUUAAUUAGAAGAAGGAAUAGCUCUUUAGAAAAAGAAAAUUUUAUUGAAAUAUAUAAAUAUAAGAAUUAUAUAAUAAAUACAUUUUUUAAAGGAUUAAAGGGUAAUACAAUAUUGGUUGAGAGUAUAUAUGAUUUUCUUAUUUUUGUGGAUAGGAUAUUUUAUGAUAGAUAUAAAUCUUCACAAGAUGUAAAUAAUAUAUUUUCUUUGCCCUAUUAUAAUAAAGAUGUAGAAAAGGAUAGUUGGGCAAAUAUAUAUAAAAAUAUGUAUAUGGAGUAUAAUAUAAAUGGUGUAAAUAAGAAGAUGUUAAAUGAUAUGAUGGAAUAUAAUGAAAAUUGUAAUUUGUCAAAUUAUGAUUAUGCUAUUAACACAUGUAUGGAAAAUCGUUUCUUUGUUGCAUGUGAAGUUUAUGGUAGGCCCGUAACAUUUAAAGACGAUAGUGAUGAAGAAAUAAAUUGUUCAGAAAAAAAGAAUGAAAAUAUAAUAAAUGAGGAAGAUGUAGAUUCUUUAUGUAGUAGCUACAGUGAAGUUAGCGAAAGUGAAAAAGGAAAUAAGAAAGGCAAAAAGAAGAAUGUUACUUUUGUAUGUGAUGAUGAGAAUAAGGAGAAGUGUGUUUCAUUUAAAAUGGAAACAAAUGAUGAUAAUGUUAAUUAUGAUAAGAAAUCAAAUGAAAAUGUAUCUAGACCAUUUAGAUCUCGCAAAGGAACUGGUUAUGUAAAAAUGGAUAUGAAUAAAUUAUUAAAGGAUAUAGAAGAGGAGGAUGAUGAUGAAAAAAAGAAACAAGUAAGUUUUAAAAGGAAGGGUAUAAAUAGUGACGUAAUAAAAAGGACCGUAUCCUUUUCAUCAGAAGAAGAACAUAUAUGUGUUGAGCAACCUGCUUCAUUGUAUAUGCCGAGACCAGUAAGGACAAGAAAGGCAACUGGUUUUGUUAAAAUGGAUAUGAAAAAAUUGUUAGAUGAAAUAGGAGUUGAUGAUGAGAUAAAUGAUGAAAAUAUACAAAGUGAUGAAAACAAGUUUGAAGAGAAAGGAAAGAAGGUGACUUUUGAGAAUUACAAGAAUAAUGAUGCUAUAAAAAAGUGUGUAUCCUUUUCUUCAGAAGAGGAAUAUAUACCUGUAGAUGAGCCGGUUUCUUUGAAGGUGGCUAGACCAGUUAGAUCAAGGAAGGCUACUGGUUUUGUUAAAAUGAAUGUUAGUAAGUUGUUACAACAGAUAGGUUCUGAUGAACAUAAUGAAGAAAUGAGAGGUGAUGAUAAAAAGGAAAAGAAGGUAACAUUCAAAAAUAAGGAUAUAAGUAGCGAAUUAGAUAAAAAAAGUACAACUACAUAUAUAUCUGAAGAGGACCAUAAUAUAUGUUCUAAGAAUUCUGAAUCUUCUCCUAGGUUUCGAUCUGUGAGGUCAAGAAAACCGACGGGCUUUGUUAAAAUGGACGUUAGUAAAUUAUUAAGAGAAGUAGAAUAUGAAAAGGAAGGAGAUGAUGGAACAGCUGUUAGGUUUGACAAUAAUAUGAGAAGUAACGAUGGAAUGAAGAAGACGGUUUCAUUUUCAUCAGAGGAGGAAUAUAUUCCUGUGAAUCAAUCAGAAACUGUGAAUAAUGCAAGACCUGUGAGGACUCGUAAGGCUACAGGUUUUGUUAAAGUGGAUAUGAGUAAAUUAUUAAAGGAGGUGGAACAAGAAUUAGAAGAAGAAGAAAAAGAGGAUGAUUAUGAUGAUGUUGUUGGAAUAGAAGAGAAAAAAAAAAAAAAGCGUCGAGAGCAGAUAGAAUGUGAUAUAAAGGAUGAAGGAGAACAUAAUAAUAAUAAUAGUGAUGAUGAUAAUUUGAGAAAAGAUAAUAAAAAGGUAACGUUUAAUGAUAAAAUAUGUGAUCUUAUGAAUAAAAAGAUUGUAUCUUUUUAUUCAGAGGAAGAACAUAUUCCUGUUGACGAACAUGUGUCUUUAAAUAUGGUAAGGCCAGUGAGAACACGAAAACCUACUGGAUUUGUAAAUGUUGAUGUUAGUAAAUUACUUAUGGAUAUAGGAAGUAAGGAUUUUAAGGAUGAAGAUGAAGAAAAAAGUGAUGAUGAAAGUGAAGAGAAAAGUGAAGAACAAAGUGAAGAACAAAGUGAAGAACAAAGUGAAGAAGAAAUUGAAGAAGAAAGUGAGGAUGAUGAUGAGGACGCGAGUGAAGAAUAUUCAGUUGAAAAGAAAAAAACCAAUUAUGAUAAUAAUAAUAAUGUUAGUGACAAGGAAGGGUUAAAUAAUUCCGGAGAUGAUAAUUCCUAUGUAGAGGAUACUUAUGGUAAUAAUAAAAAUAAAACUAAAAGAAAUAAAGAAAAUGAUACAUUAAAAAAAAAUGUUUCUUUUGAAUGUAAUGAAAAUAAAAAUAAGAAUAAUGUACAUUUAUUAAGAGGGGCAAGAACGAAGAAAAAACGUAUGAAGAAAAAAUAUAAAGAGCAAGAAGGUGAUGAGGAAUCAAGGGCAUUGCAUAUGAAAAUAAUUGGUUCAAAAAUGAUGAAACAUGAAAUUGAAAAGCCAAAAAAAAAAGAGGAAGAAUUAAAACCGUUCGAAACGCAAAAUAAGUAUAAAGGUCCAAAGGAAGUUAUAACAAAUUAUGAGAAAAUAAAUGAGGAUGAUAUGGAUAUAAAAUUAAAUGAAAUACAUAAAUUAACCAAUUCACCCAGUGAAGGAGAUAAUUUGUCAUUUGCAAUUCCUAUGUGUGCUCCUUAUUCAGCCAUACAAGCUCAUAAAUAUAAAAUCAAACUUGUUCCAGGAAAUACGAAGAAAGGGAAGGUGGCAGAUUCUUGUAUUUCAUAUUUUUUAAAAAAUGCUACAAAUGAAAAAGAGAAGGAAUUAAUAAAAAAUAUAUCGAUGGAUGAAUUAGGAAAUUGCAUUAUAGCAAAUUGUACUCCUGAUUUGAAGGAAUUAAAAGAAUUAUCAAAAAAUAAUUUUAUAGCAAAAAAAGGAAGAAAAAAGUAG